AUGGCGCAUAUAGUAACAUCCCUAUGUCUAGGAGACAGUGACACCACUGCAAGGCCAAAGGACGCCGUUAACCAGAAAGUGACCCGCCAGGCGAACCCGAGUACCAACCAGGGCGCACAUAACCCCAUCGUGUCUCCAGGGCAAUCAACUGAUGUAGCAACUGAAGACUUCGAAAUUGCCUCUGCACUGAACCUUGUCGCCGUCUCGGUAGCUGAGCAGCGCCACCUCGCCACUAAGUGCCUCAUCCUUCAUCCGGCCACUUUAACCCUGGUAGCUCUGGGUUUCGCUUACAGUGUCGGUGCCGUGUACUAUGACCCUUCAGGCUGGCCCUACAUUGCUGUUAUCUGUGUCACUGCGGCAUCAGCCACUCUGGACAUUAUCAUGCGCUUUGCAGGGAGACAUGACGGUGAGGCUGAGAACGUUGGAACGCUGAACUGGCUGUACGGGCACGAUCCUAGCAAGAAUGUGGAUGAUACAAGGAUUCAGAAAGAUCCCACCUUUAACUCGGAUGGUGGUGCUACCUUUGUACUUAUUCAUCGAUUCGGGAGCCGCAUUGCCGGGGCACUUGUCAUAAGCAUCACAUGUUGGCGCUGCCCUCCUCAAGGGCCCCGAUUCGCCAAUUCCCAUGUUAACUCGCUUCGCGUUUUCCCUUCCCUUUUUCAUAGUGACAUAGACCAGGAAUUUGCUAUGUGGAGCUCGUAUCUACGCAAACGAAUCGAGGCCAAUCGCCAAUCUCGUUCUGCCUUCGAGGCUCGAAUGCUCCAUGCGCCUCUGAAUCAUCUGAGUGCGAAUUAUGGCCAGAGUCCAAGAGUUGAUGCACGGAUGCGGUUGAAUCGCAUCCAGGUAAAGCUAGAGGAGUUGAUCGGAAGAUAUUUCGACAUGCGCCUUGACAAGGCAUUUGAAGCUCAGGCUCGGUGGAAGGAAAGCUCGUAA